CUACGUGAGCUAUGUAAGGGUGCAAUCAGAAAGGAUCGAAGAUAAUAUAUUUUUGAUAAGAGAAAAAGAUGCAGUCGACUUGCCAGCAACAACAGGCCCAGCCAGGUCAGAACGGGACAUCGGCGAGCAGAACCUCGUUUCUGAUCGAGGACAUUUUGAGCCGUGGCACGGCACCCCCGCAUUCCCAUCACCAGCUUCACCACCAACACCUCACGUCCGCCCACGGGGUGCAGCAUCAACAGUACCAGCAAUUCGCCAGUUUGCUGCCCGGUUACCCUUCCGCACCACCCACGGCCACUUUCUUCCUGGGGCCGCUUUUCGGUAACACCGCGAUGGGGGUUGGAGUGGUGCCGGGAGUUACCGAACUCGCGGCCUUGAAGCACUGCCGCCGACGAAAGGCAAGAACAGUGUUCAGCGACCAACAAUUAGCGGGUUUGGAAGCUAGAUUCGAGGUGCAGAGGUACCUGAGCACGCCGGAAAGGGUCGAGCUUGCGGCGGCUCUUCACCUCUCCGAGACCCAAGUGAAAACGUGGUUUCAGAACAGGCGGAUGAAGCAUAAGAAACAAUUGAGGAAAUUGAACACCGGCGCGGGAAGCAAUGGAAAUCAGAAUUCCAAUCAGCAAUGCACCGGCCAAUCGGUUUCUGUUACAUCACCCGCCGGUAAGCCAUUGUAUAUUUACAUAUAUACAUAU